UAUCUGGAAUGGGAGGAGUUGUGUGGCAGUUGGGCCUCCAGCUCUGCAUUGCUGCUGUGCUGAUCUUUGGUGGAGGAAGAGGAAGAGAGCUCUCUGGCAGCCUGAGCUGCCUGAAUAACUACGUGACGACUGUGAGCUGCAUGUGGGUAAUGGAGAAGCCAGUGGGUGAUGGACCUUUCCACCUGCAUUUCACCAACCUCUGGUCAAAGGGCCACAACGCCAGCUGCAAACUGACUGCCACAGAGAGUAUGCAGAAUCAGUACCACUGCACAAUCCAUUUAGCCAGCCAGAUCUUGGAAACAGAUGGUUACAGAGUCUCUCUCCAAGGAAACUUCUUUGGACAUAAUCACACAUACAUGAUCUUUCCAGAGUACAAUCCCCGCAAGCACAUAAAACUUGAUCCACCUUUGAAUAUCCAGAGCAAUGCCACUGCCAGCAAGUGCCAGAUAUGGUGGAGCGUAUGGAAUGUGCCUUGGUACCUCGCUGAAAUUCUCCAAUAUGAGUUGCAGUAUAAGGAGUACAGCAUGUCCUGGGAGGUUGCAUUGAACAAGACACUACCCAGUUCACUGCCACAGGUAGAAAUUGAAGCCACAGAGCUCCGCAGUGGCAUUGCUUACACUGCAAGAGUUCGCUGCAAAGUUUCUGAAAAUGAGAAUUCAUACCACAGUCAGUGGAGUGAGUGGAGCCAGACAACAGUGUUUCAAAGAACAGAUGUCCCAAAAGUCUCUGAAAAGAUUCUAAAUACCAAAACUAUGCAGUACUUAUUCAUUCCUCUGAGUUUUGGCACUCUGCUCUAUUUAUUCUGGACCUGUAAGCUUUCCUCAAGGGCAAAAAGCCUCACCUGUUUUAACAUUCCCACGCCAGCUGCUUUCUUUCAGCCACUCUAUAGUUUGCACAAUGGGAAUUUCAAGGACUGGGUUGGAUCAAAUGAGGCUUGUAGCCAACUUGAAAGAGAAGAGGCCAGCAACUCAAACAAAGUGAAUGCAGAUAGAGUUUCUGAUUUAAACACCCAAGAGCUGAUUUCCCAAAUGUCAUUGAAACCUACAGGAAGCACAGAUGUGGUUACUGCAGAAGAAAACUUUGCAUUUGCCUCAGGUCCAAGCCAGCAGUAUGUCCCCAGCAGGUACAUAAGAGCAGAAGAGAUAGAAUUGUGGCCAGGACUAUUGUUUUCACCAAACCAUGCUGAUGAUACCGUUGGCCUGAAAAUCUCUGAAACAGUUAAAGACAACCUUGAGAGCCCUAGUGUUGGAAGGAAGUAUUCCUCUCACUCACAACAUGGAAAUGGUGACCUUCUUAUGCUUCAAGAAUCUUUGGGGAUAGCAGAUGUGUCCUUCAGUGGUAGUGACUAUUGUACUUUGUGUGACAAUGAUACCACAGGAGGUUUGAUUUCUGCUGAACUGCUGAAGCUUUCUAAUGGCAGUAGUCGUGUUAAACAUCAGAAAGAUCAGUGACCUUCCCUGAGGAAUACUGCCUACAAAGUUCCUCGUGCUCUAUCACCUCCAACACUGUUCUCCCAAACAGCAUUCGUGGUGACUGUGCAGACAGUUUCAAAUGUAUCAUUUUAAAAUAUAUCCUCAACUUCUGUGCUUCAGAAGAAGAUUGUGACUAAGUCCCCUGUCUAGCAAAUACUACCCCUACAGGCAUGGCAAACCCAGACUCUGGCAACAUCUGCAGUCCCAGAGACAUAUGACUAUGCUCUUCCCUAAAUUAAUCUCCUGGCUGCAAGAUCCAGUAACCCUCUUGUCUAAGGAGACAGCAGCAGACCUGCUGUUUUCCUCAGGAAGAGCUAUUGGAACUGUGUGCCUCUUGGAAGCAGCAAUAUUUGCAAUGUGAUGAACCAUGAUUUAAACUGCAUCAUGUUGUAAAAACUAUGCAUGAUCCUCUCUGGGUCACUGUACUCUUCUAGGGCACUGUCCCUGCUCCCUAAAGCAGUGUCCCUGCUCCCUAAAGCAGUAUCCCCGCUCCCUAGAGCAG